ACUGCAGUGAUUGAAUAUUGGCGAACUACAAACAAUGUCUCAUACAAGGUUUUCCAGCCGCUUUUCCAUCGAAGAACGGGAUUUACAGCAAGCAAGAGCCGAUGCUGCAGAGUUUCUACGAGUGAAAGGAGUGCAGGAGGGAAUAGGGACAGCUCUGAACGAGCUGGUCGUCCAGCGGCCCGGAGACGUUCACGGGUUCCUGGCAGAUUACUUUAGCAGGCUCUCUGAGCCGGCGAGGAUCAGCAGGAUCUGCGGGAGGGAGCUCUACGAUGCCAGCGCUCAACCCUACAUCCAGGCUCAGGUCUUCUGUGUCGUCUGCAACAAAGAAAAGAGUUCCUCAGCUGCUGUUUCCCGCUGCCUGACACCUACAGACACUUGGGUGGACGGGAACGCUGAUAGUCAGGAGAGGUCUGAUGAUGUGUUGACUGCCGAAAGGUGGAUCAAUGAACCUCUGAAUGACAUGCUGAGGGACCAAAACCCAUGUGACCAAUCCCAAAUCGACCGGAUACUCAGCGAUUUCUUCAUGGCUCGCGUCCUGGAGGAGAAUGAUGUGCAGAACAAGGAGAAGCAGGAAGUGAUGGAAGUGAUGACUCCUUCACCACCUCCUAAACCGGCUGGACCAGACAAGCAGAGAAAUAAGAAAGACAAAAAAGAUAAACAUGUUUUAGAGAAAGGACUUCCUCCAGCAGAGCCAGUUCUGCGUGGGAGCGCGGCCAUCGGUUCACUGUCACUGGCUGUAGCCAAAACGGGGGCCCAGGUCCAGGGGAUCCCGCUCUACAAAUACAUCGCAGCUUUGAAGAGCCAAAAGGUCCAAGAACAGUUCCACAUGCCUGUCUGCUUGGUAACUCUGCUCUGCUGUGGGAAAACAUCUCCAGGAAAACUGAGUCUACUGGAGGAAAUCAUCUUGAUUCCCAAAGCAGGACAAUCAGUCAAACAAACCGUGAAAAUGGCCAUUGAGAUACAGAAGGAGAUGAUGAGAAUAAUGAAGACGUCCACAAAAGCCGGGGCCAGCCAGGCCGUUGUUUAUGAGCGUGGGGCGCCGGCUGGGAGCUACGAGCGACCUGAACAGCCUCUGGAUCUGAUCACCCAAGCCUGCAGAAACCUGGGACUGGCCCUGGGAGCAGAGGUUCAUUUAGUCCUGAACUGCACCGCUCCUAAGCUCAUGGACUAUUCUAAAGGGAAAUAUGAAGUUGCAGCAGGAGUAUUCAAGUCUCCUGAUGAGUUAGUGGACAUGUACAAAACCCUCAUCAGCAGCUAUCCAGCAGUGGUGGCUUUAAUCGAUCCAUUCAGGAGGGAGGACCCGGACCAGUGGAGGAAGUUCAGUGAUGCAGCGGGUGACUCGUGUUUACUGCUCUCUGACAUCACAUACAAGCCGCAUGCCCCGCCUCCCCCGGGGGUCAGAGGUCACAUCUUAAAGCACAUCAAUGAAACAACAGUCAGCGAUGUACUGCGUGUCACAUCAGAGAACUCAGGGUCAGUGUUGAUGGGAACAACAUCCAAUGGGUCCUGUGGUGAUGAUUCUUUGUCAGAUAUAGUUGUGGGUCUGGGCCUGGACUAUGUCAAACUGGGAGGUCUGAGCGGCGCUGAGAGGAUGACUAAAUACAACCGCCUGAUUUCUAUAGAAGAAGAACUGGCCCAACAGGGAAUCCUAGUCUGUAAGGAGAAACGUGCCCCUCCACUGUUCCCUGGAGACCCGGCGGAGGAGUCCACCACAACACCCGACACCGCCGGAGGAAACUCAGCUCCCGUUUAG